CUUGGAUCACUCCUUGUCCUCACUUGGAUCACUCCUUUUGGGUCGCUUCUUGCCCUCACUUGGAUCCCUCCUUGCCCUUACUUGGAUCACUUCUUGCCUUUAUUUGGGUCGCUUCUUGCUUCUUGCCCUCACUUGGAUCACUCCUUGUCCUCACCUGGGUUGCUCUUUGCCCUCACUUGGAUCACUCUUCGCCCUCACUUGGAUCACUCCUUGCCUUCACUUGGGUCGCUUUUUGCCCUCACUUGGAUCACUUCUUGCCCUUACUUUAACUCACGCCCUUUCUUUUUUACUCAUCAUGCAACCCCACCUCCCCCACACCUCGCCAAUCCUGAACGGCGAGGAGGCACAGGCAAAGAGACGCCAAACUCGUCCCGUAACGGCUCAGCUGUUGGACGAAUUGAGUCGUGUCCUGUCGCAAGAGGGAGAAGGGGGCCAGAUGUUUCCUACUAGACAAUCCAACCAAACACAGCCAAUGAUGGAUUUCGCACUCCGAGUUCUGCAGAUUCCGAUGUCGGAGCUCACCGCAGCCUCUGACAUGCCUUGCGACAAGGCGACAAUCCGUGUUGCAAUCGCUGUCUCUGGGGCGCUCGCCAACAUUAAGCCCGGUUUCAGCCUUGUCAAGCAGCGUUUUGAAGCCUACGAGAACACCACGGGUCGAGCGCAGGCCGAAAUGGCUUAUACUUUGUUUCGCUGUGGGCUUGGCACCCCUAGCUUCUGGUCAUCCAUCCGGCCUACGACUAUUUUGAACGCAUUCAAUGCGAGCAAAAUUCUGUCCGAGGUCACCAGUUCAGAAAAUCAGGAUCAACCAUCUGGCGAGGCAAGCCAGGCGAUUCGUGUGAUGAACGACAUGGUGGACCGGUUCGGCAAGAUCGAAGACGUCCAGGCCUGGAAAAUGAUCCUGCGGCAGGAAUUGAGGACCGCGGCGGAUUUGCUCGACACGGGAAAGCGUGCCCUCGAAGAUGCCCAAACAAGACUGGAGCGUUACGAUCAAUCGUCAACGCAUGUCAAUAACGGAGUCCAGCAAAUGCAUGAAGGGUAUGAGCUCUUGGAUAGCCUCGAAGGCAAGAUCGAAUCCACCCUUGAUGGACUGUAAUAUGGUUCGGAGAUGACAGGCUUUUGCCAGGGUCAGUUGGAGAGCAGGCGGUUUACGAAGACGGGGUUUGCCCAAAUCACAAAACAUCAUCAUUUUCUGUCUGUAUCAGUUUCUAGUUAUUCUUUCAGGUUACUUUCGAGGCAUUUCUUAUCUGAACUAUCACAUUUUUAUGUCC